CGAUAACGAUCACCAGUCAUCAGAGCGAGCGCGGUUGAGGAGGGAACCAGGCGUAGCUGCUCUAGCUCUGCUCAUUCACUCUGUCGAAAAGGAGAAAAAAACGUGUAGUUCCGCGGUUGCAGUUUUUCAGUCGACACGACCUCGGCCGCGGAUGAAGGGCACUCUCGCCGUCUCGGCGAAUACACCACAGAUAAUUCGUCAAUGUAAGGAUUAUUCGGGGCAGCUCCUGCAGCUAAGGUUUGGAGUCGCUUGACCAAAAGAGGUUUUACAAUUCCAUGUUACUACGGUGCAUGUGAAAUACGCCUUACGUCUCAAUGGAGAUCUCCAACCGGUGAUCCGGACCCACUCGCUGCUGCCGUUCAGCAUCGUCGUCGGAGAUUGUGAGGAGGUGUUCUGUCGCCGGGCACACAGCAAAUUGUAAGGGAAGUACAACUGCAAGUGGUUUCCAUGGCUUUAGACAUUCCAGUGAAUUCUGCCCAAGUCCAAUCAAGAUCACCCGGGACAGCCAUGCUUCUGUUGCUUGUCAUCCUUUGUGCCCGUGGUGUCACUGCGAACGAAAAAACUGACUAUGACCAGUUCAUGAAGCUGAUGAAGUCUCCGGAGGUGUCAGUGCCCAUCUAUGCUCUGGCCGGCUUUGUUGGUCUGUGCAUAGUGGCCGGAGUGACAAUUGCCAUCAUGAUGCGGCGAGUGCGAUUGCAGCAGGAAGAAGAGAACAGAAAGCCAGCAAAGCAGUAUAGUCAGUUCAAGAUUGGCCGAAACCAGGCCUCCGAAUCCUCAUAUUCUGAGCUAGUGCCGGGCCAGUCGCCGCCUGCAGACCAAAGCUCGGUGAUCUGCUCGCAGGAAGCGUUGAACAACUCCAUUCCCGAAGAGGAAGCAGAGCAAGGACAGAGUCUGAAACGAGGUCAGGGCAUCGUCUACAGCCAGGAUUCUCGCGGCGCAACAGUCGAAGUCUCCAACGUCAGCCAGUUUGGUGAAAUGCCCAUAGCGUAUGACAGCGGAGCUCCAUCGGGCGGUCUGUUUGGUAUGGGCAGUGCUCGCAACAGGGCACGAGCCAUGAGCACAGAAGACAGGGUCUUCAUGGGCAGUUCGGCUCCCUCUGCCUACGAGGAAAUCAGUGAGACCUCACUGUCGCGAUCAGUACCUUUUGAUCCAAGACCUCAACUUCCUGUACCACAGCCAGAUUCAGCGAUCAUGGCCCAGCCCAAUACCUACGAUGAAGUGGAGUUGGAUCAUUCCCUCAGAGCGGGCGGUGGCAGCGCUAUUGUCCCUCCUGCGACAGGGUACCGGCCGCAAGAGGCACCACAUUACCCGAGCAAGCGGAAAGUGGCCAGGGAUAACAGUGCGGUCAAUCUUGACGUGCUCAUCGGAGCCCUGGACACCGAUAAUGCCUAUGCUAGUGUGGCGUAAUGGCGCCUGUAGACUGUAGAUAUACCCGGGAUUGAAAAUUCCGCACCGGCUCAUGCACACUUGGCUGCUGAGUUGCAACGCCCACCUCCCCAGUGCAACACCAGUGAGGCCUGUUCGACAUCCAGCCUGCGCUUUGUGAUCACUAAAAUGGCUUGAGCCUACCCGUAUUACCGUUGUAUGAUCAAGGUUGAGGUGAUACAGAAUGUGUUUUUCUAAGCUCAGUCCUUCAUACCUCUCUGCCUCUUCGUAGAAUUGGAAGCGGGCACUGAGAAGAUUAUCGCAAAUGAAACAGCUGAUGGAGAUUGCAGUGACGUUGAUAUGCUAUCCAUAGAAUACUCCUAGCUUGUCCAUAAAUACAUGCAAACUGUGCCAUUCUAUUUUAAUGAUAUUGUUUUUUUGAACCUUUUUGCCUUACUUUGAGCCCUUUUUUGACAUUCUGUAAAGAUGUUGCCUUGAUAUGCUGCCGUGUUGCACUGUUUCUUUUGUUUUUAUUUUUGAUAGCAGGACCAGCAGAAUAUUUGUCUUUCCUGGUCAUAAGUUACCACCCUAGGAUUGCUGUACAUACUAGGUACUUCGAAGUAGCUUUGUGUACGACAUGAUGGCGGCACACAUGACUUCAUUCUGUGGUAACCAUUGCAUCGAUGGCUGAAACGUUGUUCUGGCCGGCAUGGCCUAACCGACUUCAA